CAUUUUUUUAAUCCUGUUUCUUCCCAGAUCUCGAAUCUCUCCAGAAGAUCCUCAAGAUUAGUGAAUCAGUUGAAGAGGAGGAAAUCCAACAUCAUUGAUGUCCAAAAGAGACUCGCUCAGUUUGGUGAAAAUCGCGAUGAAGCAUCGAAAAAUCUCGAUUCUGUGAUCGAGGAAGUUGAAAAGUUUGAUAAAGAAGCUGCAAAUAUUGAGGAAGUUCAAGAAUUACAAGGAAAAUAUAAGACCUGGAGUCAAUCAAAAGUUGACCCCCUUCGCUUGCAAAUCGCUCAUGCACGAGAUAUCGGGCACGUAUUGGUGUUUGGUGCCGAUCCUUCAGUACAAACUUUCCACAUCAAACAUGAUAUCAAUCAACUGGAUGCUAAAUGGAACAAACUUAGUGACUUGAUGACGGAGUACGAAGUGUGGUUGCAACGCUCGCUGAUCGACAGCGGACAUUUUAACGACGUUUACGACUCUCUCCUCGCCUGGUUGGACGAGGCGGAAACCCUGGCAGCCAAUCAGAAGCCAGCGUCAUGGGAAUACAAAGUAGUGGCUGCCCAAUUAGAAGAACAUAAGGUAUUUGAGAAAAUGAUCAACAGCCAGCAUGAGAUGAUGUCAUACUUUCUGAGGGAAGGUACCAAGUCACAUGACAUCAUGGACAAAAGUUACGACGAAAAGGUGAAAAAGAUGACCGACAUGCGCAGGAGGUGGCUGGAUUUAUGCGAGAAUCACAAGAAAAGGGAUGUUGAAUUAAGGAGAGUAACAUCUGAAGCGGAGGACUUCCAUCUUCAAUCCUCAUCUUUCCUCACAUGGAUGGAGGGAGUAAAGAAAACAGUUGAUGUGGAUGUCACGGGAUCACAUCUCGAGCACAUCGAGAAUCAAAUCCGGCAACAAAAGGCCUUGAUGACGGACAUCCUCCAACAUGAACCUCAUCUUCUUCAAAUUCGAUCUACUCCUCUUCGUGAAUCCAUGAUCCCGCAUCCUCCUCUUUCAUCCUCCCUUAAAAACUUCAUCGAGAAGAUGCAAUACGACUACGAUGAAGUCCGGAGGAUGAAUGAGGGUCGUCUCCGAAUCCUGGAAGAGCAGAGACAACUCUGCAGAGCCUUUGAUGAAAAUCUUUUAAAUCUUCUCGCUUUUCUGGCUGAGACAGACCUCAAGUUGAAGAAGUGGGAAAAUAAAGCUGGAAACCUCUCGCUCAUUGAUGCGCGACCUGAUUAUAUUACCUCCGUGUUACAAGCUUGUCAGCUUGUAAAAGAAGAACUAACAAGCAAACAUCAAACUGUGGAAGAUUCAGUUAAAGAGGGACGAGUGUUGCUCAGUAAAUGCCCUGGAGAUGAUAAUGAGUUGGCACAUAAGAAAUUGGACAGCUUGAACAUGGAAUACAACCUGCUUUUACAACGUAGCUCUGUCAAAGUAGAUGCGCUCCAAACAGCCCUUGUGACAUCACAGAGGGUCAAAGACACGCAUGAACGAAUAGGAGAUUGGUUGUCAGACUCGAAUUUGAAAAUUAAAGAAAUUCGUGUUUCCAAAAAAGUUGAUUUGUAUUUAAUGAAAGAAGCAGUUGAGAGCAUAAAACCAGCAGAGCAUGAAAAUGACGUUGAAACCAUAAAGCGUGACUCAACAGAAUUAUCGAAUAUUUCCCAUUGGUGGGGUGAUAAGUUACUACAAGAGCAUUUUAACCAGGAUAAUAUACAAUACAACACUGUUAAGGAUUGUGUGGCGUUAUUUGAAAAACAAGUGAAGGCUAUUGAAGAAAAACUCAACUCUUUUUCCAACCACGUUGAAAUUUACAAUGCAACUUUAUUGGAGCUUGAUCAACAAGUUAAUUCAUUCAAGAAACUUGAAUCCAUGGAACGAGGUUACUUAAAUGGAAAGCAAGCACAGAAAGAGGAAAUCAACACAUUAGUAACGAAGGUCAAAGUUCAAUCUGAAUCUCUGGUCGAUGAAGCGGAAAGCCUAAUGUCCGAGCUAGUGGACCGUGACGCACUUAUUGUUAAACAAUUGCUUACGGCUUACCUAAGCGAGCAAGACCGUGUGUUGGAGUCAAAAAAUUCAUGCAUGGAUGCACUCGGGGGUCUCGUCUCACUUGCUAUUCGCUGGUACGAGUCAUGUGACCACAUAUCACCAUGGUUACGGGAGAUGGAGACGAAAGUGGAGGAAUUUAUUGCUUCUGGGAAGAACAACGACAUCCAGUUGUUACAAGAUCAAUCAAGAGUACUUGAACAAGACCUCACAGAGCAUAAACCUCUUAUUACAAGACUCACAAAGAUUGAUGUUGAACUGCAUAACCUUAUUGACACAGAUGAGGAAGAGUUGUUGUCAAGUAUAUCAAACACAACCGAGCAAUUAACAUCGAGAUAUAACGAACUAUGUGCGAAAGUUAGUGGGAAAACCAAUAAGUUGAAUGAUACAAGUCAACAACUAAAUAGCUUUUUCAACAACUGUGAGAAACUGCUUGAACAAGUUAGUUUGCUAAAAGACCAACUUCUUAACUUGGAACCCAUUCCUAUGGAAGCUGAGUUUGUGAAGGAAAGAAUUGCAAGAAUUAAGAAAUACGAGGUGGAAGCAGGCAAACACUCCUCCACAUGCGAUGUUAUGACAGAUCAAGGAGAAGAACUUAAGGAUGACCUUUCUUCCCUCGGAUGUGACAAACUUAAAGAAGUGGUUGACGUCAAAAUGAAACAGCUACGAGAUUUAUGCUCCGAGCUUUCAAACUUCAAUGAAAACCAACUCCACCAGUUAAAUGGGGCGUUCCAAUGCCUACUACAGUUCCGAGAAAACUCUGAUCUCCUCAUGACGAAGAUGUCCUCGCUCCUAGAAAGUGUGGAUGCGACUGUCCUCUUCCCGAUCACUGAUCUUCAGAGCUUAACUGACGAAUGUAAAUUUUUCGAGAAACUUGGUGAGGAAGUAACACACACUGGUGAGGAGGUAUCCAUUGUUGAACAAAUAUCCAAACAAUGCAUUGCAUUUGCUACACCAAUGGGUCAUGAGGUUUCUUAUAUUAGAAGAAGGAUGGAAGAGGUUGACUCAAUGUAUGCAAAACUGAAGUCGCUCUUCGAGAAGAAUCGAUCCAACCUCCAGGAGCAGCUGGAGGCUGCAAUCAAGUUCCAGGAUGCUGUGAAGAGGACCAGGAAGAGUUUGGAGGAGCAAUCGAAGAAAUUGGAGUCUCUUCCUAUUGUUGCAACUGAUCUCGAUGAAAUUAAGAAACAAAUUGAAAAUCUGAAGGUUAUCAGACAGGAUUGCGUCCCUUUGCAAGUUGAAGCACAAAACUUAUCAAACCAAAUCGACCAGUUAUCCCCAAACCAAAGCAAUGGUGAACCAUCUACCAUAGAUGAUGUUGGUAAACUACAAACUGCAUCAAAAAAUGUGGAGGAUAAAAUAACACAGAGACAGAGUGAUUUGGACAAUGCAUUGUUAGCAUUAGGCCAGCUACAACACGCAAUAGAAGAGAUGGUUAACUGGAUGAAGCAUGUUUCACAAGACAUGGAUAAACACGAUCAAGUAGUUGACAAAUGUCCUAUUAACCCAAGAGCUGUUGAAACUGAAAUGUCUAAGCAUAGGAUCAUGUAUGAGACCAUACAGUCCCAGAAAAGCACUUUGGAUGGAAUAACUAUGACUGCUCUGAAUCUGAGUGCCCAGCAAACUGAUGAGUCAGCAGAUUUAAACAAAGCAAUUGAAAACAUGAGUCAGCAAUGGGAUAGCCUCAACGAACAAGCCGAUACUUUGAUGCAAAAACUGAAGGAAAAAUUAAAUGAAUCUUACCUAUGUGAAGAAGAGCUUAGUAACAUUGAAUACUGGGUUGAUGAGAAAGAAGCGGAGAUGAGCAGCUCCCUCUUCUUUGGAGGACUCCCUGAGACUUCCCAAGCGAUGUUGGAUGAACAUCUGGCAUUCAUGAAAGAAUUAGAGUUAAAGCAAGCAACAUUAGAUAACUUGGUUGAGGCGUACCAUGUUAACGAUAGAGGUUUGAAACGCAAGCUCGACGCCCUGCAGAAGGACGCGGAAAUCAGAAAAACAAAAUUAGAAGAAAUGCGAAACGAAGCAAAUACAUUCCAUGAGAAUCUACAGAACUUUAUGGGUUGGCUCGGUCAAGCAGAACAGUGUUUAGCCAACCGUAACGAAGUCCCGCUGAGUGUUUUGAAAGCAGAAGCGAUCCAACAACUCUCACAGCACAAGGAGUUUGAAGAAGAGGUUCAAGGAAAGAGAGAAGAAUUCCUCGAGCUCGAUAAGCUUGGAUCUCAUCUAAAAUAUUUCUCACAAAAACAAGACGGAAUUCUCAUCAAAAACCUCUUGCUUUCUGUCCAUGCAAAGUGGGAUAAGCUGAUGUCGACAACUUCUGCUCGAUCUUCAGCUGUCAACGAACUAUACAAGAAGUCUAUUCAGUUCCACGAUGGCUUAGAGAAACUGAGUGAUUGGAUUCACUCGGCAGAAGAGAAAUUGGAAUACCAGCAAACUAAGAGACAUAUUGAAGAACCUGGAUCUAUUAAAGCUGAAAUGGAUGAACAUAAGGAAUUCCACCAAGCGUUAGCAUCCAAGCAACCAGUAUAUGAAGCUGUAAUGAGAUCUGGUAUUGCUCUUCAUGAAAAAGCAGUUCUGGUUCCUGAUAAAACAGACCUAGAUGACAAAACCAGGAAAUUAAAAGAGGAAUGGACAGCUCUCAACAAGAAAUCAGUUGACAGGAAACAUAGACUAGAAGAGUCGUUAUUAUUUUCCGGUCGUUUCCUCGAUGCGAUUGAAUCCCUCAUACAAUGGUUGUCACAUAUUGAACCACAAUUAAGUAAAAAUGUAUCUGUACAUGGAGAUAUACAUACUGUCGAAGCACUUAUGGAAAAACAUAAUGUUUUACGAAACGAACUAACAGCACGCCAUGCAAACGUGAAAGCUUUGCAAGAAUCGUUCGUUCACGAGAGAGCUGAUUCGUGGGUUAACGACCAAAUGCAGGAAUUAAUCCAGCGUUGGAAUGAAGUUGCUGAGCUUGUUAAAUACAAACAAGGAAGAUUGGAAGAUGCUCAUAAGCAGGCCCAAUUGCUCCAAACAUCUGCUCAUAAAUUCCUGGAAUAUUUAUCCCAAGUUGAAAGUAACUUGUGUCUUACAAACAAACUUCCCAAUGAUGAAUUUAAAUUACAAGAGUUACGAGUGUCCCAUCUCUCAAUGACGUCUGAGUUAAAGAUGAAAGAAGAAGAACUUUCCUCCAUCAUCUCUCUAGCUGAGUCCAUCCUCCAGCAAGCUCAUCCGGAUGCGGUGACUCCUCUUCGUCAGCUCAUUAAAGUCCUCCGGUCAAAAUGGGGAGAGGUCCUCCAGAAGUGUGAUGAUCAUGGAAGGAGCUUAGAUGAGGCAAUUUCUCGCUUGGAAGAGGACAUGCUCCGAAUGGAGAACCUCGGAAGAUGGUUGGAUGAUGCAGAGAAGACUCUUCAGGAUCGAGAGAAGCAACCAAUUGACAUCGAAAAAAUUAACCACUUAAUAGAAGAACACCAACAAUUUCAAGAUGAGAUGGUUUCCAAACAACCAGAGUACGACAACAUUGUUAGUUUGUAUAGCAAGCGUAAACAAGUUAGACCAGCUAAGAAGGGAGAGAAGUCACCCAGGUCUCCACCAGGCGAAACAGCAGACAGUGCUAUGGAGAUAGCUUGCGAUAAUCUGCAUACACAGUGGCAGCGUGUGUGGUUUAUUGCGCUGGAAAGACAACGAAAGUUACAAGAAGCAGAGGAGACAGCUCGUAGGACAUUGGAACUGAGUGACUUUUUAUUUGAUGCUUGGAGGAAGCGAUAUAUGAAGUGGAUGAAACAUAAAAAGUCGAGGGUGAUGGAUUUCUUCCGCAACAUGGAUAAAGAUGGAGAUGGAAAAGUUACAAGACAACAAUUUAUUGACGGGAUUCUUAAAUCAAAAUUCCCAACGGACGAGAUGGAAAUGUCAAAAGUUGCCGAUAUAUUUGAUCGUGAUAAUGACGGUUACAUUGAUUAUUAUGAGUUUGUGGCUGCUUUAUAUCCUACCAAGGAAACAUACAGGCCGGAAACAGAUGCAGAUAAAAUUGAGGAUGAGGUUGUGCGGCAAGUUGCAAAAUGUACAUGCUGUAAGCGUUUCCAAGUCCAGCAAAUUGCAGAGAAUAAAUACAGAUUUGGCGACAACCAGCAGUUACGAUUGGUCCGUAUCCUCCGUAGCACAGUGAUGGUUAGAGUAGGAGGAGGGUGGAUGGCUCUCGAUGAGUUUCUACUCAAAAAUGAUCCUUGCAGAGCCAAGGGCAGAACAAAUUAUGAACUGCGCGAGAAAUUUAUUUUACCAGCUGGAGCCAGUCAGGCUAUGACUCCAUUUAAAACUAAACGAACUUCAACAGCUAGCCGAACAUCUACACCUGACAAACUAUCAUCACCAAAACGACAGAUGUCUAAAUCUCGUGAAUCUCUCGUCAGUGUUGGUUCAACUAGAAGUUGCAAAGCAGGAAAUGGCACGCCUUCUCCUGUCCAUGAACCAAAGACAUCAACAUCAUCAAUACCUCGCAGCUCAAUUCCCAAAUCCACCACCCCAGCUCGAAAACGGCCGUCAAAGUUGCCUUCUCGUGAAAAAACCACGCCCAAGCGCUAAGAACUUGUCCGAAUUUCCUUGUAUUUCAUUAUCCGUGCUUUUAAAUUUUUGUUUUGACAUUGUAUCUGAAACUAUAGUUCUGAGAACCCAUUUCAAUUUGAAUCUACUUUUAUUUUACCUUAUCUUACCUUUAUUAAUUAUACGAGCAAUUUUAACUGAUUACUCAAAGCUCUAGCAGUGCUUGAGCAAUUCCUUCAUCAAUUUUGCCUUUUUUUGAAACAGUUCACGUACCCAUCUGUGAUUUAUAUUCCUUUUACGAGCAUUUGACAAUGUUUUCGUUCUUAGAUUUUUUCCUUUUAGCCGCAUUUUUUUCGUUUUGGGCACGCGCGUAUUGGUACUCUUUAUAUGAGUAAGCCUGAGUUUCUUAUUGUCGUGUAUUCUUUUAUCUUAGCACCCAAGUAGUGUUGUAACGCCAAUACCCAAAUUAAAUAAAGAUACUGUGUGCAGUACCAAAAAAAACAAACAAUUACGAAUAAAUUUUAAUUUGCUUAGAAAA